AUGAAAGCAGCCCAAGAUAGACAAAAAUCUUACGCUAAUCUCCGACGUCGGCCUAAUGAACUUGAAGUGGGUGACAAGGUUCUACUUUGUGUGUCUCCAAUGAAAGGAGUAGUUCGCUUUGGUGCUCGUGGAAAGUUAAGCCCACGUUUCCUAGGUCCUUAUGACAUUGUGGAGAAAGUAAGAAAGUUAGCCUAUCGAUUAUCAUUGCCUAAUGCCCUGGCCUUUUCUCAUGUAUUAGAUCUAGAGGCGUUAGAACUUGAUGAGAACCUAACCUAUGAAAAACAGCUUGUCCGGUUAUUGGAUAAGAAGGUCCGUAUUACUCGUCGGAAGGAUAUCACCAUGGUUAAAGUAUAA